CUUUCAUCGCUCGCUGUAGUAAGAUGGCGCCGGCAGAGAAAUUCUGAAAUUAAAAUAUUAACCCAAGUGCAUCGAUUAUAAAAUGUGCAAAAUACUUGAGUAAACCAAUAAAAGUUCUUGGUAUUGAGUUUGACGGAACUACCAAAGUCACAUCAUGUAUUUGUACAAUUUAACGCUACAGAAGGGUACGGGAGUUACACAUGCGGUGCACGGCAACUUUUCCGGUGGCAAGCAGCAAGAGGUGCUCUUGUCACGUGGCAAGUCGCUGGAGCUGCUACGGCCGGACCCCAACACUGGCAAAGUGCACACAUUAAUGUCGACUGAGAUCUUUGGAUGCAUACGUGCGCUAAUGGCGUUUCGUUUGACAGGCGGCACUAAAGAUUACAUUGUCGUGGGCUCUGAUUCCGGUCGCAUUGUUAUUCUUGAGUUUAAUCCGACCAAGAAUUCUUUGGAAAAGGUGCACCAGGAAACUUUUGGAAAGUCUGGAUGUCGGCGUAUUGUGCCGGGUCAGUACUUCGCCAUUGAUCCAAAGGGACGUGCCGUAAUGAUUGGCGCUGUUGAGAAGCAAAAGCUGGCGUACAUUAUGAAUCGGGAUGCCCAAGCACGUCUGACGAUAUCUUCGCCUUUGGAGGCACACAAAUCUAAUGCUUUAACUUAUCACAUGGUCGGUGUUGACGUGGGCUUCGAUAAUCCCAUGUUUGCCUGUUUGGAAAUAGACUACGAAGAAGCGGACUUGGAUCCUUCAGGUGAUGCGGCACAGCGUACGCAACAAACGCUCACAUUCUACGAACUGGACUUGGGCUUAAACCAUGUGGUGCGCAAGUAUUCUGAACCUUUGGAGGAGCAUGCCAAUUUCUUGGUUUCUGUGCCCGGCGGCAAUGACGGUCCUUCAGGCGUACUCAUUUGCUCGGAGAAUUAUCUGACUUACAAGAAUCUUGGCGAUCAGCACGACAUUCGUUGUCCCAUUCCACGUCGGCGUAAUGAUUUGGACGACCCAGAACGCGGCAUGAUCUUUAUUUGCUCCGCCACGCAUCGUACCAAGAGCAUGUAUUUCUUUUUGUUGCAAACAGAGCAAGGUGACAUCUUUAAGAUCACUCUUGAAACCGACGAUGAUGUAGUGUCUGAGAUCAAGCUUAAAUAUUUCGACACAGUACCUCCCGCAACGGCUAUGUGCGUGCUCAAGACUGGUUUUCUGUUUGUGGCGAGCGAAUUUGGAAAUCAUUACCUCUAUCAGAUUGCACAUCUGGGCGAUGAUGAUGAUGAACCCGAAUUUAGCUCCGCCAUGCCCUUGGAAGAGGGCGAGACUUUCUUCUUUGCACCACGUGCAUUGAAAAAUCUCGUGUUGGUCGAUGAGCUGCCAUCGUUUGCUCCCAUCAUAACGUCACAAGUUGCCGAUCUGGCCAAUGAAGAUACACCACAAUUAUAUGUGCUCUGUGGUCGUGGUCCACGAUCCACUUUACGAGUCUUGCGACAUGGCCUGGAGGUCUCUGAAAUGGCAGUGUCUGAACUACCCGGCAAUCCAAAUGCUGUAUGGACUGUUAAGAAACGAGCUGAUGAUGAGUUUGAUGCUUACAUCAUAGUGUCUUUCGUGAAUGCCACGCUGGUCCUUAGCAUUGGUGAAACAGUUGAGGAAGUAACGGACAGCGGUUUCCUGGGCACUACGCCAACACUAUGCUGUGCAGCCCUAGGCGAUGACGCCCUGGUACAAGUCUAUCCAGAUGGCAUUAGGCAUAUACGCUCCGAUAAGCGUGUAAACGAGUGGAAAGCACCUGGAAAGAAGUCUAUCACCAAAUGUGCGGUGAACCAAAGGCAGGUGGUCAUCACGUUGUCGGGUCGCGAGUUGGUCUACUUCGAAAUGGAUCCGACUGGUGAACUUAAUGAAUACACGGAACGUUCAGAAAUGCCUGCUGAGAUAAUGUGUAUGGCGCUGGGAACUGUGCCAGAGGGCGAGCAACGCUCUUGGUUCUUGGCCGUGGGCUUGGCAGACAACACUGUGCGCAUUUUAUCCCUCGAUCCAAACAAUUGUCUAUCGCCUUGCUCUAUGCAGGCUUUGCCUUCGCCCGCCGAAUCCCUCUGUCUGGUCGAAAUGGGCCACACUGAAAGCACAACGAGCGCUGGCGGUCCGCUAGAUGAUGAUGUGCCUCAGCGCAGUGGAGGCUCGAAUAAGGGCACUAUCUAUUUGAAUAUUGGACUGAGUAAUGGUGUCCUGCUGCGUACUGUCUUGGACCCCGUAUCGGGUGAUUUGGCGGACACACGUACACGUUACUUGGGCUCACGACCAGUGAAGCUCUUCCGCAUACGAAUGCAAGGCGCUGAGGCAGUAUUAGCCAUGUCCAGUCGCACCUGGCUCUCGUAUUAUCAUCAAAAUCGAUUUCAUUUGACGCCGCUCUCUUAUGAAACGUUGGAGUAUGCGUCUGGAUUCUCUAGCGAACAGUGUAGCGAGGGUAUUGUAGCCAUUUCAACAAACACGUUGCGUAUUCUGGCGCUGGAGAAACUUGGAGCAGUAUUCAACCAGGUGGCUUUUCCGUUGCAAUUUACGCCACGUACUUUCGCCAUACAUCCGGAUACAGGACGCAUGUUGAUUGCAGAGACAGAUCACAAUGCCUACACCGAGGAAACGAAGAAUGCGCGCAAGGAGCAAAUGGCCGAGGAAAUGCGUAGUGCAGCGGGCGAAGAGGAACGUGAUCUGGCCAAGGAGAUGGCCAAUGCGUUCAUUAAUGAAGUGCUGCCGGAGGAUGUCUUUUCAGCACCAAAAGCCGGUCUUGGCCUAUGGGCUUCCCAGAUACGCUGUCUGGAUGCGAUGCAUGGCCAGACCAUGUUCACCAUACCGCUGACACAGAACGAGGCUAUUAUGUCGAUGGCUUUGCUGAAAUUCUCGAUAGCGGCUGAUAAUCGUUAUUAUCUGGCUGUGGGCAUAGCCAAGGAUCUCCAGUUGAAUCCGCGCAUUUCGCAAGGUGGCUGCAUCGAUGUCUAUAAAAUCGAUCCGACUUGCUCCAGCAUAGAAUUUAUGCAUCGCACCGAAACUGAGGAUAUACCGGGAGCUCUGUGUGGUUUCCAGGGUCGUCUUUUAGCCGGUUGCGGUCGCAUGUUGCGCAUUUAUGAUCUCGGCAAGAAAAAGUUGCUGCGCAAGUGCGAGAACAAACACAUUCCCUACCAGAUUGUCAAUAUACAAGCUAUGGGACAUCGCGUGUAUGUGUCCGAUGUACAAGAAUCUGUGUUCUUCAUACGCUAUCGUCGUGCAGAGAAUCAAUUGAUUAUAUUUGCCGAUGACACACAUCCACGUUGGGUAACGGCUACAACUCUAUUGGACUACGACACUAUUGCUAUAGCCGAUAAAUUUGGCAAUUUGAGCAUCCAGCGUCUCCCACAUGCUGUUACGGAUGAUGUGGACGAUGAUCCGACUGGCACCAAGUCGCUGUGGGAUCGCGGUCUACUAUCGGGCGCCUCGCAAAAAUCUGAGAACAUUUGCUCCUUCCAUGUUGGCGAGAUCAUCAUGUCUUUACAAAAGGCAACCCUCAUUCCGGGUGGCUCCGAAGCACUGAUCUAUGCUACCCUUAGUGGAACUGUGGGCGCCUUUGUGCCCUUCACUAGUCGCGAGGACUACGACUUUUUCCAGCAUCUUGAGAUGCAUAUGCGCAACGAGAAUCCGCCCUUGUGUGGUCGCGAUCAUUUGAGUUAUCGCAGCUCUUAUUAUCCCGUAAAGAACGUCCUGGAUGGCGAUUUAUGUGAGCAAUACUUGUCUAUUGAGGCAGCAAAGCAGAAAAGCAUUGCUAGCGACAUGUUCCGCACACCAAAUCAGAUCUGCAAGAAACUUGAAGACAUACGCACGCGUUACGCUUUCUAAGUUAUCUUCAUCGUACAUGGACAAAUUUUUUGGAUAUAUCCUUUCGAAUUUUCUCAUCAAUUCUCAUAAUUCCCCCGCAAUGGCGUGUAUAUUUUGUAGCUGGUUCGUGAAGUCUACAAGCUGUCUUUAAUGCCUACAAGUGCUUGUAUUUCAAGUGUCUAUUUCGUGCUACAAGAAGUUAUCUUCAUACAUAUGGCACAUUUUUCGGACACUUCCUUACGAUUUAUCAUAUAAGUUCUCAAUUCCCCUGCAUUUGCGCGUAUUAUUUGCAGCUGGCUUGUGGAGUCUACAAGCCGUCUUUAAUGCCUACGAUUGCUUGAAUUUCAAGUGUCUGUUUCGUUUGCUACAAGAUUGACUCAUCGGAGCUCCACAAAUUUCUCCUUUAGACAUGUAGUUUUAGGUAUUCAUAUAAAACACUAGACAUUAAAUAGCAAUUGAGUAAUUUUGCAUUUUUCUAUUAGAUGCACAUUAAAAAUUAUAUUACACACAACCACUAAAAUGACUGCCUAUUUAUA